GAUUUGUUCUGGGAGGCGCAUUUGGUGUCUUCACAGCUGGCAUCGACACCAAUGUUGGGUUUGAUCCCAAGGAUCCAUACCGCACACCAACUGCAAAAGAGGUCCUCAAAGAUAUGGGGCAGCGAGGCAUAUCCUACGCAAAGAACUUCGCCAUUGUGGGCGCCAUGUUCUCUUGCACUGAAUGUGUGGUAGAAUCUUAUCGUGGAAAGUCAGAUUGGAAGAAUAGUGUUAUUAGUGGCUGCAUCACAGGAGGAGCAAUCGGCUUCAGAGCUGGUUUGAAGGCAGGGGUUAUCGGCUGUGGUGGAUUUGCUGCUUUCUCUGCCGCAAUUGAUUACUAUCUACGGUAACCGUGGGAUCCCUUGGGAGCAAGUUUCCCUUUUGCUCCAGUGCUGCUGCUGAGAGCCUGCAUCACGGCAGAAGAACCAUCAGGCUUACCUUUCCACUGCCUUUGGAGUCCAAAUCGGUGCAAGCUGGAUGGCGUUGGCUGCUUUUCCUGAAUGACUAACAAUAAUCUGGCUCUGAGCCCUGGCCUGCUGCUUCAGGCAGACUUGCGGGAGUAUGUGAGGAUGGAGCCAGGCGCAGCGAGCAGUAUCUCCAGGACGGAUCAGCUGACUGCCAGUUUCCAGGAAACAAGCCUGGACUCUCAGCUUUUUUCGAUCCUUUGGGUCUGAUUUUGAUUAAGUCUGUUGCUAGCAUCAAAAGAAGCAGGAGGACAAUCUUCAAAAAGAAAUGCAGUGAUUUAGGUUACCGUGUGUUUGAAUGUGCUGCAAGUGUUUAACAGUUACCAGUUUGCAGCUUGCUACUCGGUUGGGGAGAGGGUAAGAUCCUGUGGAGAAAGAAGUUUGUUCCAGGCUUUUCUUAAAAUACCAGCUGAAGACAAACUACCAUCUGUACAGCUUGUCUUAUUUCAAGUACGGAGAUGAGAGCCAGAUUUCUCUACCAUGUCUUAAAGGGAAAAGCAAAAAGGAAUCCUUAGCCUUAAAACUGUGUGGUUACUGGCAGAUGAACAAAACAGUUUAAGGGGGGAAAAAAGAGGUUGUUGCAGAAGUAUAAUUCUCUGUAGCCACUUGGCUAGCCUGAUUUAACCUCGCUGUGGGAGUACAAGUAAUCAUGCUACUGCUUUAAUUGCCACAGGCUCACACCAUUAGUUCCAGCAGUUCGAUGGUGAGACUAGAAAGCAGAGUUGUGAGAAUAAACCACUGUUAGACAGA